UUUCAACCAAUCAUGACAUCCACAUAUCAAACAAUCUUUUUAGCAGCACAGAGCUAAGACUGAUUAUGACACGCCUACUUUUCAACAUUCAAAUCAAACUCCUCCCAGUGUUAUGUCCCGCCUGUCUAUCCUGUUUCACUCGGAAAAUACGUCACAACACAGAAGUUAGAUAUUCUCGGAAUGCUGUUUCAUCUGGACUUUGAAUACUUUUUCUAUAUUGCCACUUUAUAAGGUACACCUAGAUAAAACUAAUGCAGAAUAAUACAAUAGCUCUGCAGUAAAUCCUACAUACUGUACAUAAAGGUUAUAAUGUUCGGUUUUUAUUUAAUCCUUUUUAGAGAGAUGAUGAUUCUUUUUUAGGUCAUUUUGGAGGCUGCAGUAUGUGGUGCUGUUGAACUGUAUUGGGUUCUACUCAGAGGUGUUUCUAAUAUUUUACCCUAAUUCAUAAAUGGGAUGGACACAAUGAACACCUGAAUGUACAAUGCAAACAGUAUUAUGAUUGUCUAUACAGUCUUGUUCUUUAGAUACAGAAAAAAACUUAACCAGCAAAGCAACAGUAAGCAAGGGGGCAGGGCAGAAACAAGAUUCAAAUAAAGCCUUUAGAAUGUUCAUGCAUGUUUUGACGUCCCCACAUAGACUUUUAAUGUCUGGCUUCAAAGGAAAACAAAAACACCUUCACACCUCUGAUAGCAACUGUUACAAAAAACAACAGGCAUCAUCAUCACAUCAUCAGAGUCAUAACAAGUAUUAAUUAACAACAUUGCUCUUAGUUUUUGGUUUGGAUUCACUACAUUAUGUAACAAGAGAAGACCUGCAGAUAUGUUGAGGAACAAGAAGGAGCUGAAAGCCCAAGGCUUCACCUUGAAGGCCACCAUCAAGAACACCAUGGUAGAGGGUCCCCCGGAUGCAGGGGCUUUUCAGGAGCGCCCUUCCAAACCAACAACCUUUCGCUUGUUCUAUGAGCGUGGAGAGUUCCCGAUGGCACUGCAGCAUAAACCUGGAGGCAACCGCAUUGUAUGGAGGGUGGAGAUUGAGAAACUGGACUACCACCACUACCUGCCUCUGUUCUUCGAUGGCUUAUGUGAGACCAUACAUCCGUAUGAGUUCUUUGCCCGCCAGGGAGUCCAUGACAUGCUGGAACACGGAGGGCCCAAGAUCCUGCCCGUCAUUCCCCAGCUUAUCGUCCCCAUCAGGACUGCCCUGAACACGAGGAACCCUCAGGUGAUGACCACCACCCUGAAAGUCCUGCAGCAUCUGGUGACAUCUGGAGACAAGGUGGGAGAGGCUCUGGUGCCAUACUACAGACAGAUCCUCCCCAUUUUCAACAUAUUCAAAAACGUGAAUAUAAACUCCAUAGAUGGCAUUGAAUACAGCCAGCGGAAGAGAGAGAACAUUGGUGACCUGAUCCAGGAGACUCUGGAGCUGUUUGAGCAAAUACAUGGUGCCCACCUAUCAGUCCUGCAUGACCAGCUGAGGGUCAGACUGAUGAAGCACAGACUUGAGCACAGAUUGAAUAAAUGAUUAAAUGUUGCAUUUAGGAACUGAGAACUUAAUUAUUAGAUACAGAAUGUUUUUGCAUGUCACAAUGUUGCUAUUUCAGUGUACAAAGAAAUCCAUAGAUCACGUUCUACUGUGUCCUAACAGGAAGUGAGUGUCUGACUAUCGCGUUGCAUUAGAUGCUCUCUGUCCAUACUGAAGCCGUAAAAUAUGCACUUCUGUUAUGUCAUGUAAACAAACCAUGUACCUAUCAGCUGUGCACUCAAGAUCACACUGGAGACGUAACCACUCAAUUAAA